AUGGCGCUCACCGAACUGACUCCCAGGGCUCUAGUCUGCUCACUCCUGGUCCUCCUAUGUCUGCACACGGCGGCAGGGAUGUCAGGCUGGGCUGGAUGUUUGGACGGUCAGGAUGUGUUCGCAACAGUCAAAGAAAACAGCCCUCCAGGAGAAGUUGUUGCCGAGCUCAUGGCCGACACCACUAUAGAGGGGGUUCGCUGGAGCCUGAGCGGAGAGGAUGCUGAUUGGUUCUAUCUGGAUGGAAGACACAUCCGGCUCAACACAUCAGCUGACAAGAUCCUUGACCGAGAGGCCCUUGGUCCCGUCAUAAUGGCUGAGUUAUCGUGCAAUGAGGAGGACGUGCUUCAGAGUGUGUACAGGAUCUUGGUGGAGAUUCUCAAUGAAAAUGAUAAUUCACCCAUGUUUACAGAAAACACUGUCCAUUCUCUAAUUAUCAGCGAGUUGACUCCGGUGAAUAGCGUGGUGUUUACCGUCAAGGCCACAGAUGCAGAUGAUGACAAGAUCAUUUACACAAUCGACCAGGCAUCCCCUGAUGCACAUUACUUCAGAAUUGAUCUGCCAAACAGUGGCGAGGUGGUUCUGACCAAACCUCUGGACUACGAGACCAAAACCCUGCUGACUGUCACCAUCCACGCCACAGAAAUGAACACUGCUGAGCAUUUCAGCAUCAGCACCAACAUCACCAUCAGUAUCCUAGAUGGAGAUGACCAGUAUCCACAGUUCCUUCCCUGCAUGUUGCUCUUCCAGGAUGAGACCAGUCGAAUCUGCGCGAGUCCCGUGUACACAGUAAACGUCACGGAGGGGGAAGAGGACAUUGUGUUGGGCUUUUCUCCUGGUCCCAUUCAUGCAGUGGAUGGAGACAGAGGACUCAGAUCUCCAGUCAGCUAUGCCAUUCUCUCAGGGGAUGAUGAAGGGCGUUUCAGCAUGGACAGAGAGACUGGGGAGAUGAGACUGACUCAGGGGGUGAGAGACAGACUCACAACCCCAGAGCUGCAUCUUCAGGUCAUGGCAUACCAGGACAACGACCCCCGGAAGUACUCUGUUGCUACAGUGUUGGUCCGAGUUCUGGCAGUGAACCAGUUUUAUCCAGAGUUCGACAUGGCUGAAUAUCAUGGCUUUGUAAAUGCAGGAAAGAGUUCAGCCUCUCUAGUCAACACCUACGGCAGCAAAGCACUGAUGCUACACGUACAGGACCAAGACUUCAUCCAAGGUUUCAAUCCCAUGAUCGACUUCACCCUCAAUUCCACAAGCAAUCACACAGACAUGUAUCAAGUCACAAAGGAGGGGCUCCUGAUCGCCAGGACCAGUCAGCUCAAACCAAAACAGAAACACGUUUUGGAGGUAACCGCUGUAGACCAGGAGUCAGGUGAUGCCACCUUUGCGACUGUAGUGGUGGAAGUUUUACCUGAAGGACAAUCAAUCCCUUACAGUCCACUGGGAAAUGACCGUCUGACAGGCUGCACUGUGGGCAAAGCGUUGUUUCUGUGCAUGGUGUUCAUGACAAUCCUGGGAUGCCUCCUGUCUGUGGUGAUGUGGCUGAAGAGGAAACACAAAGGAAAGAGGAACCCACUGGAGAGAGGCUGUGUGGCCCAGGGCAAACACCCCAAUGUGAGUUUACGGUGGUUCCAACUGGUGAGUCACCGAACUGCUAUGCCUCACAUGGAGGAAGCAUCCUACAACAACGAAGAAUACGGAACGUGCAAUCCUUCCUUCAGCUUCCCGGACAAGCCAGGCGUCAACACCCACCAAGACCUCCCCUGCUGCCGAGGACCCGCCCCACCCAGAACAGCUGCUGCACCUGACACCAGCUUCACGCCAACUGAACCUGUGUGCAGCCCUGUGACUUUCAGUAAUAAUGCAUCUACACCAACUAAAAGUUCCUCCAGUUCACCCACCUCCCACCCAGCCACUGUGGAUGUAAAUUCCUCACAUAUGACCCAAGAUGCUUCCCCGCUGAAAGAAAGCCCCUGCUCAUCACCUCAUGCAGCCUUGGACACAACUGAGACACAAUCCAACCCCAGCCCUAGCCCUAGUCCUGCAACACCUUUAAACCGUCCUAAUUCGCAAAUGACUACCGAUGACGACCUUGUUGAACCUGCCACCAGCCCCUCCUCUCAGUCCAGCCUUCCGUGCAGUCAUUCCCGAAUUGCUUCAGCAGAAAUUGACAAACCCUUCCACAAACCGUGCGUGAAGACAUCCUCAUAUUCACCUUUACUGUCCACACCCGUCCCCAAGCAGACGGGCACACCCCCAUCCACGCCAGAGCACUCCCCUGUGAAAGCCACACUGGUACAGAUAGACACAUCUCCACCCGAUACGCCUCCCGAAACACCUGAGCGAACAUCAGUGACUCCGAACGCAGAGUCAGACCAACCCUCCACAUCACUGGACCAGACAGACCAGUUAGGUCAUGAGGAUGGGACGGCAGAUGCCAAUAGCCCAUCUGACGACAGAAGGCCCUCGACAAACUCAGGAAACACUCAAGAUGGUCGAGGGGUUGGCGAUGAGGACGAUGAUGGUUUUCUGGGAGAUGAAGAUGCAGACAAGAACAGUGAUGAUGAGCUAGAGCCAGACGAAGAGGAGCUGUUGAGGGUGAUGGCUCGCUGCAAUCCUAUAUUUAUUACAUUUAGUAAGUGA